AUGACUGGCACAGGCGACGAAGCCAAGAAAGAUGCAGCCGCAACCCCUCAGAAGCCUGCCGAAGGUGCAGAUGAAGCUACUAUCAAUGGCCAGCCUGCGGCGCAAAGAUUGAAUUCCGAAGCAUCGGCGCGCACUCAUCUCGUUGCUCAGACGCAUGCCAUCAUUUUACCAAGCUACAGCACCUGGUUUGAUAUGCAUAAGAUUCACACUUUGGAGAAGAAGGCCCUUCCAGAAUUCUUCAACAACCGGAAUCGAAGCAAAACCCCUGCCGUUUAUAAAGACUACCGAGAUUUUAUGAUCAACACCUAUCGCCUCAAUCCUUCUGAAUACCUGACGGUGACCGCGUGCCGACGAAACCUCGCUGGAGAUGUCUGCGCCAUCAUGAGAGUGCACGCUUUUUUGGAGCAGUGGGGCUUGAUCAACUAUCAGAUUGACCCUGAUACGAGACCAUCCGCCAUUGCUCCCCCAUUUACCGGCCAUUUCCGAAUCACGGCCGACACUCCCCGCGGCCUGCAGAGCUUUCAACCCGGACCCAACCCCACGGUUGUCCCUGGCAAGCCUUUUGCCGGCACAGAGCGUGCCGCUACGUCAACUCCAGCCUCCAAGGCCGACCUGAACCUCGAAAUUCGUCGAAACAUUUACGAUCAGCAUGGUAAAGAUCUCUCGACGCCCGAGGCCAAGGACACUCAAGCCAAUGGUGAGGCAGCUACUAACGGCACGGCUUCUGGUGAAGGUGCGUCCAAAUCCCUAGAGGAAUUGGCCAAGGAACCCAAGCGACAGUUCAACUGUUCUUCUUGCGGAGUCGACUGCACCCGCGUCCGCUACCACUCGGCCAAGUCGACUCAACCCCCUGCUGGCGCAGCCCCUGGCGCCGCAGCCACCCCCAAGGCGAAGUACGACCUUUGCCCGAACUGUUAUCUCGAAGGCCGGUUCCCGAGCUCGAGCAACGCAAUCGACUUUGUCAAACUCGAAGACACUUCGUACUCUACGAUCCCCGACCGUGACUCUCCCUGGACCGAUGCGGAGCUUCUGCUGCUGCUUGAGGGUCUGGAACUGUUUGAUGACAACUGGAACUCCAUUGCCGAUCAUGUGGGCACUCGGACGCGCGAAGAGUGUGUGCUCAAAUUCCUGCAGCUCGAGAUCGAAGACAAGUACCUGGAGACGGAAUCUACCAGCAACGCUGCCGGCAUGUCUGCCCUUCUCGGAGGUGGCCGAGCUCCCUUCAGCCAGGGCGAUAAUCCCGUCAUGUCUGUCGUUGCCUUCCUUGCGGGUCUCAGCCCGCCUAGCGUAUCCGCCGCUGCGGCAGGCAAGAGCAUUGGCGAACUGCGUGAUGGCCUGCGGGCACAAGUCGGCAAGAGCAAGGACGAGAAAUCUGCCGCUGAUGGCGAGGCUCCGGCGCCCGCCAGCACGCAAGAAAAGCCUUCCACGCCUGCUGCGGGCAGCACCGAAAAGGGCCCUGGCCAGGAGAAAGAGCACGUCAAGGACGAGGACUCCAUGGACGUGGACACCUCGCGCGAACCCACCGCUCCUGCGGCGGCCAGCACAUCGGCUGCCCAGUCUACCGAACCUACUACAUCAUCCACGCCUGCGCCCACGACCGCCGAAAAGCCUGGCGCUUCGUCCUCCUCACCACAGCCCGUCGCCGCCCCUGCAUCCUCAUCAUCCGCACCUCUCAACCCCCUCGCCACUACCGCGCUUGCCGCAUCAGCCGCGCGCGCUGCAGCACUCGCGUCCCACGAGGAGCGCGAAAUGACGCGCCUCGUCUCCGCCGCCGUCAAUGCGACGCUGUCAAAGUUCGAGCUCAAACUCCAACAAUUCAAUGAAAUGGAGGCCAUCUUGCAGGCAGAGCGCCGCGAACUCGAGCGCGGCCGCCAACAGCUCUUCCUCGACCGCCUCUCGUUUAAGAAGCGUGUGCGCGAAGUUCAGGAAACCCUGCGCGCUGCUAGCUUGAGCGGUGGCGAGGAAGGAUCACGUAUGGCCCAGGAGGCCCUCGGCGGAUUCACCCAGAGCGAGAAAUUGGGAUUUCGCUCAGAUAACGCCCCGAAUGGCGAAGAGAUCAAGCCACUGAGCGCCGACGGACAAGGCAAGACUUUUGAGCUGUAA